AUGAUCCUUGCUGGUAUUCUGCGAGAAUUUCGUGCUCAUGACGCAUCUCAUUCUCGAUCAGAUGAAAUUUAUCGUGAAGUACAGAAAAUAUCAGAAGAAUUAGCUGCACACGGUCAUGAAUAUGAUUCCAGUUGGACAACACGAACGAUGACUGAAGACGAAAGUGUCGCAUCGAUUCUAUGUGGUCAUAGUGAACGACUUGCCAUGGCAUGGAAUUUUGUAGUAAAUCCUCAUACGAAAAGAAUUCAAAUCACGAAGAACUUGAGAGUGUGUGGUGAUUGUCAUCGAGCAACAAAGUUAAUAGCUACAAUUCGUCAAUGUGAAAUUGUUGUUCGAAAUGCCAAUCGGAUUCAUCACUUCCAGAAAAAUGGUCAAUGUUCAUGUAACGAUUAUUUUUGA